CAUAUCUUCAUUUCAUAUCUGCUUAUCGAGAGAGGCACCAGCAAUGGCUUCUUUGAUCCACAAGCACUUCUUUCCUCUUUGCAAAUCCAAGUCCAACUUUUACCCAGACGCCCCUUUCCUCAAUCGUCCUGCACUUGCUUUUUCGCUUGGUCUCAAGAAGCCCUCCUUCUCCUCCUUCCCAUGUAGCCCAAUCGUAUGUAAGGCUGUUUCUGUGAAACCACAAGAGACUCAAGUCGAAGGUCUUAACAUCGCAGACGAUGUUACUCAGCUUAUUGGAAAGACUCCAAUGGUGUACUUGAAUGACAUUGCAAAGGGAUCAGUUGCUAAUAUUGCUGCCAAGCUUGAAAUUAUGGAGCCAUGCUGUAGUGUGAAAGACAGGAUAGGAAACAGUAUGAUAGCAGAUGCUGAAGAAAAAGGACUUAUAACACCAGGGAAGAGUAUAUUGGUUGAGCCUACAAGUGGGAACACAGGCAUUGGGCUUGCAUUUAUAGCUGCUUCAAAAGGGUAUAAGCUGAUCUUGACAAUGCCUGCAUCAAUGAGUCUGGAGAGAAGGGUUCUUCUAAAAGCAUUUGGAGCGGAUCUUGUUCUCACAGACUCCUCAAAGGGCAUGAAAGGAGCAGUUCAGAAAGCUGAAGAAAUAGUCAACAGCACACCCAAUUCUUACAUGCUUCAACAAUUUGAUAAUCCUGCUAAUCCAAAGGUACACUUUGAGACAACUGGCCCAGAAAUCUGGGAAGACACCAAAGGGAAAGUGGAUAUAUUUGUUGCAGGGAUUGGAACUGGUGGAACUAUAUCUGGGGUUGGCCGCUUUCUCAAAAAUCAAAAUCCUGAUGUUAAGGUGAUUGGCGUGGAGCCUACAGAGAGUAACAUAUUGUCUGGUGGAAAACCUGGCCCUCACAAAAUUCAAGGGAUUGGGGCAGGUUUUGUACCAAGGAACUUGCAUCAAGAUGUGCUUGACGAAGUAAUAGAGAUUUCCAGUGAUGAAGCUGUUGAGACUGCGAAGCAAUUGGCACUCCAAGAAGGCUUGUUGGUGGGCAUAUCUUCUGGAGCAGCAGCAGCUGCUGCCAUCAAGGUUGGAAAGAGACCUGAGAAUGCAGGAAAACUUAUUGCAGUUGUGUUUCCAAGCUUUGGGGAGCGAUACCUAUCCACAGUUCUUUUCCAGUCAAUUCGGGAAGAGUGCGAGUCAAUGCAAGCAGAGCCAUGAAACAAGCGUGAGUGUAGUGUGUCUUUGGUUUUUGAUCAUUUAGAAGUCUCGCCCAAAGGACAUGGUAGAGAUCCAGCAAACAGGGGCUCAUCAUUUAUUACAUGUUUAUUUAUUUCUUGGAGUUAGGAAGUAGGAUUUGCAAUAAAGCAUAGUCCUUAAUAUGGCUGGCUAUGCACCAAAUCAUUGUGUUUUCUUUAAUCUAUGUUUUAAGCACAAGAUAAUGAGAUUUCGCAUUUAUAACAGUUAUAUUAUUCA